AUGGCCGAACUACAGGGCCGUAAGGUCUUCAAGGUGUUCAACCAAGACUUUAUCGUCGAGGACACAUACACUGUGACAAAGGAGCUUGGCCAGGGAGCGUACGGCAUUGUUUGCGCCGCUGUUCAUAAUGCGACCAGCGAAGGUGUCGCUAUCAAGAAGAUCACCAAUAUCUUCAGCAAAAAGAUUUUGGCCAAGCGCGCAUUGCGCGAGAUCAAGCUGUUGGAGCAUUUCCGGGGCCAUCGAAACAUCACUUGCCUGUAUGACAUGGACAUUCCCCGACCGAGCCAAUUCAACGAGGCCUAUCUCUACGAAGAGUUGAUGGAGACCGACCUGGCAGCCAUUAUUCGAUCCGGUCAGCCCCUCACCGAUGCGCAUUUCCAGUCUUUCAUCUACCAGAUCCUGUGCGGGUUGAAGUAUAUCCAUUCGGCCAACGUGCUUCAUCGAGAUUUGAAGCCCGGCAAUUUGCUCGUUAACGCAGACUGCGAGCUCAAAAUAGCCGAUUUUGGCCUGGCGCGAGGUUUCUCGAUCGACCCGGAAGAAAAUGCCGGGUACAUGACCGAGUACGUCGCGACAAGAUGGUAUCGUGCGCCGGAGAUCAUGCUCAGCUUCCAGAACUACACCAAAGCUAUUGACGUUUGGUCUGUCGGAUGCAUCCUCGCAGAGCUUCUUGGGGGUCGACCGUUCUUUAAGGGUAGGGAUUACGUCGACCAGCUCAACCAGAUUCUACACAUCCUUGGAACUCCUAACGAAGAAACUCUCAGCCGCAUCGGCUCUCCCCGAGCCCAGGAAUACGUGCGAAACCUGCCUUAUAUGCCUAGAAAGCCCUUCCCUUCCCUAUUCCCCAAUGCCAACGCCAGCGCCAACGACCUGCUAGACGCUAUGCUCGCCUUCGACCCGUCGAGCCGCAUUACGGUCGAGGCUGCGCUUGAGCACCCCUACCUCCAAAUCUGGCACGAUGCGUCGGAUGAACCCGACUGCCCGAGAACGUUUGACUUUGCAUUCGAAGUUGUCGACGAGGUUGCCGAUAUGCGCCAAAUGAUCCUCGAUGAGGUCUCGCGCUUCCGCCAGCUUGUCAGAACCGUCCCGGACGCAAACAACCAAGACAACUUGGCCCGGCAGGAUCAACCUGGCCAGGUGCCGAUGCCCCCAAGCGGGAUACCGGACCAGUGGAAGGCUGAGGAUCCGCGCCCGCAAGAGUAUCCCCACAGCACGGGUGCCUUGGAGGCCGAGCUCGGCGGCAGAUGA